AUGUGGGAUAAACAGCCCAGGGUCUUGGUUGGUGCUCCCAAGGCAGAAUCUAAAUACAGCACCUCUGUUCAGUCCCCAGGAGCAGUGUUUAAAUGUCGAGUCCAUACCAAUCCUGAGAGAAGAUGCACAGAACUGGAUAUGGGUCGAGGCAAUUCUCGGGGCACGCUCUGUGGAAAGACCUGCAAAGAAGACAGAGAUGAUGAAUGGAUGGGCGUGAGCCUGGCUAGACAGCCAAAGGCUGGUGGAAGUGUGCUGGCCUGUGCGCACCGCUGGAAAAACAUCUACUACGAGACAGAAUACAUCCUGCCCCAUGGUUUCUGCAACAUCAUUCCCCCCAACCUGCAGCCCAAUGGGAGGAAGCUCUUGCCCUGCUAUGAAGAGUACAAGAAGAAGUAUGGGGAGGAGCAUGGCUCGUGCCAGGCGGGGAUUGCAGGCUUCUUCACCGAGGAGCUGGUCAUCAUGGGGGCACCAGGAUCUUAUUAUUGGACAGGAACUGUCAAAGUACUGAAUCUCACUGACAAUACAUAUUACAAGCUGAAUGAUGAUGCUGUGAUAGCCAGGCGGUACACGUACCUUGGAUAUGCGGUGACAGCAGGUCAUUUCUCUCAGCCAACUACCACCGACAUUGUAGGAGGAGCUCCCCAGGAUGGAGGCAUCGGAAAGGUUUAUGUUUUCAGAACAGACAGACGAUCAGGCUCUCUAAUAAAGAUUUUUCAGGCUUCAGGAAGAAAGAUGGGCUCUUACUUUGGCUCCUCCUUAUGUGCAGUUGAUCUGAACUCUGACGGGUUGUCAGACCUGCUGGUCGGAGCACCUAUGUUUUCUGAGAUCAGAGAUGAGGGUCAAGUCACAGUCUAUAUCAACAGAGGAAACGGAGUGCUGGAAGAGCAGCUCAUCCUGGGUGGUGACAGUGCCUACAACGCGCACUUUGGGGAGAGCAUGGCAGCCCUUGGUGACAUUGACGACGAUGGCUUCCCAGAUGUUGCCAUUGGAGCGCCUAAGGAGGAUAACUACAUAGGAGCAGUGUAUAUUUACCAUGGGGACGCCAGUGGUAUUGUACCUCAGUACUCUAUGAAGCUGUCUGGGCAAACAAUAAACCCGAUGCUGCAGAUGUUCGGCCAGUCCAUAUCAGGGGGAGUCGAUAUGGAUGGCAAUGGUUAUCCAGAUAUGACCGUUGGAGCCUUCUUGUCAGACAAUGUGGUACUUCUGAGAUCCAGGCCUGUCGUUACCGUGGACAUCUCCAUUUUCCUGCCUGCGUCCAUCAAUAUCACAGCUCCUCAGUGCCAUGAUGGCUCGCAACCAGUGAACUGCCUCAAUGUCACAGCAUGCUUUCGCUUCAGUGGCAAGCGUGUUCCUGGAGAAAUAGGUUUGAAUUAUAACUUGACUGCUGAUGUGGCAAAGAAGGAAAAGAGCCAGCAACCCAGAGUUUACUUUGUGACUUCUGGAGAGACAGUGGGGCAGAUCACAGAGAAGUUACAACUGUCAUACAUGCAGGAAAAGUGCGAGCAUUACCUAGCAUAUGUCAAG